UCGAGUGGUCGGUUUGUUUAGCGAUAAAUGUAGCACAGUACAGCUCCUCCGCACCGUACAUUUCCAACCUGCGUUCACGAGCAAUCGACGACACCUUGCUGGUGGUGCCGUAAAUCGUACGAGAAAAAAGCGAGGUGCAUGUCCUAGAUUCCAGGUCCUUGUCUUUGCAAGUAGCAACCCCAUAGUGGUACGAUUAAGUGGACUUUUCUACAUUUUUACUCCGAGUCGUGGUGGCUGUUAGUGUGCGGAGAACGUAACUUGCCCGUCGGGUAUCCUUCGUAUUCAGCGCCUUUCUCACGGUUGGCAACAGGUGGUGAGGUAGUGAGGUGGCAACAGGUGCAUUCCCAAAGGAAAUUAUCACUCAGCAGGGCAGAUUAUUACUAAAUCGAGCAUCACCAUACUAGAAUCACCAUGCGUGUCGAAAUGAAUCUGGAUGUUCAGCGCUGUGGCGAGGAUUUCGACAGCAAAGUGGCGGAGUUCAAGCAGGAUUCCGAUAAAAUGCACGAACUGAAUCUCUUCCUCGACAGUGUGCUUGAAGAAGCGCAGAAAAAUGCGGAAGUGAAGCUACAGGACAAACUGGAUGAAGAACGUCCGAAAAACGGAAACAAACUGCUGACUGGCAUCAAGCAACAUCGUGUGGUAACGCGUACAAGAGGGAUCGUACUACGCAUUUUUGAGGCCAUCUGCAACUGCACCAACUCCGCCACUCUUCCCGGUCAACGACCAGCGACCGCUCCGGCUAAUCUGGGACCGUCGUCGUCGGCUAGAAACUAAAGCUAAUGAAUCCCACACGUAUUCCAUCGUAUUUCAAUGUUCCCUGGCUGCCGGAUUUCAAUCACGCAUGGUGCACAGACAAGCUGAGCAAUGCGGAAGAGAAGUGUGCAUUUUUUAGCGAAAUGUAUUAUUUUAGAAUCUGUUUUUAAACAUUCUACUUCCUACAUCGUAAACUACACGUAUACAACAUAGAUCUGGCGAAUAUUGGGAAAAUCCAUUUUAUUAUAACCGAGAAAGUGUGACUGUUAAAUAAUCUUUUUAAAGAAAGCAGAAUUCUUGUAUCAUAAGAGUACAAUUUAUAAAACCAAACGUACCAUAUCCUUUUUGAUAUGGGCUUGUAGGGUCGGUCGUGAAAAUUUGUGAAACGAAUAUACAAGCAACUGCUUACAGCAAACUUACCCACCUUGCCCGAACAUUCCACACUAAAGCCAUUUGACGAUAACAAAGCUAAACUAUCAAUCAAAACCAUCUCUCACACGACUUCGGGUCAACGGUUUCACGUACAAAGCGUCUUCUAGGAGCAAGUUCUACAUAGCCCAGCAGUUUGUAAAAGUAAAGCAUUAGUUUCCACUAGUGCCCUCCCAAUAGAAUGCGUGACCUAUGUGUAACCCUAGAUAUUCAUUUGGGUUCCAUUCCAUUUUAGUCUUUAUCCGUUUAGUAUGACAAUCAAAAUUACGAGCAAUAUUUUCCAACAACAUGAAACCUAUUACCACACAAAGGUAAAACUAAACGCAACAUUCGCCGUAGAAACCUACUCUUGAAUAGAUCCCGCCGGCUAUAAUCUUUUGGAUGCGCGGUAGGUGUUAAAGCAUUACGUGGAAAAUAGGGAAAUGUGCUGUCACAGUAGUGUCCUAUAUGUGUAACGAACGGUAGUGUAUCAAGAGUUCAAUAAAAUGUACCACCUGGGCUAAAUUCA